GGCAGGCCACGAGAGUUUUCCUACUUUUCUAAACAUCAGCACAUACCAAGAAUUUACCCUUGUUUUUUUCAGGCAAUUAAAUCUCUUUCUCCCUCAUUGACUCUCUAAUCUCCAUUAAGAAACCAUCUAUAUAUAUAUAUAUAUAGCAACCUUAAUCUCUUACAUACACAUACCUUCUCAUUAGGCACCUUUCUCUCUUAAUUUCUUCUUUUAUAAACACCAUUCUUCUUCUCCCAUUGAGAGUAUCAUGGCGGACCCUAACCCAUUCCUUCCUAUAUCUCAACCACUUCAUCCUACCUACACUUCUCUCCCAGAUGGCACUCACCCAUCUGGAUCUCCGGCCACCCACAGCCUCCCCUCUAAGAAACUGCUCCUCGGGAUCUUUUUCGGGUUUUUGCUGGUUUUCUUGUUUGUAGCUUUAAUUGGUGAUCACAAUGGAUCACAGCAGAACAUUCUUUCACAAGAAGAUGAAAAUGUAGCGUCAUUGGCUUCGCCGAAAGAGACGGCGAAACCGGAGACUUUGAGGCCUAUCUCCCGUGGCGUCUCGGCUGGUGUCUCUGAGAAAGCCAGCCUGAUUUCUAGUGGAUCGGAAUCUUCGACGGAUCAGUAUCCAUGGAACAAUAGCAUGUUAUCAUGGCAAAGAACUGCUUUCCACUUCCAACCUGAGAAAAACUGGAUGAAUGAUCCUAAUGGUCCAUUGUAUUACAAGGGCUGGUACCAUUUCUUCUACCAGUACAAUCCACAUGCUGCGGUAUGGGGUGACAUAGUGUGGGGCCAUGCUGUAUCAAGGGACUUAAUCCGCUGGCUUCACCUCCCAUUAGCAAUGGUUGCUGAUCAAUGGUACGACCAAAAUGGUGUGUGGACUGGCUCCGCCACUAUCCUCCCAGAUGGUAAAAUCGUCAUGCUAUACACUGGAUCCACCAAUGAAUCCGUUCAGGUACAGAAUCUUGCUUACCCAGCAGACCCCAGUGAUCCUCUUCUCCUUGACUGGAUCAAAUACUCUGGCAAUCCGGUUUUAGUACCACCACACGGCAUUGACACCAAGGACUUCCGCGACCCAACCACAGCUUGGUACACUUCCGAGGGGAAAUGGCGCAUCAGCAUAGGGUCUAAAGUUGGCAAAACUGGUAUUGCUUUGAUUUAUGACACUGAGGAUUUCAUAAAUUAUAAGUUGCAACCUCAAGCACUUCAUGGUGUACCUGGCACUGGCAUGUGGGAGUGUGUGGACUUUUACCCUGUUUCAAGAAACGGUGAACAUGGAUUGGAUACAUCUGCUAACGGCCCUGAAGUGAAGCAUGUAGUUAAGGCAAGCCUUGAUGAUGAUAGGCAUGAUUACUAUGCACUGGGGACUUACUCCGAAUUAAACAGUACAUGGACUCCAGAUAAUCCAGAUAUUGAUGUUGGCAUUGGUCUUAGGUAUGAUUAUGGUAUAUUCUACGCAUCCAAGACAUUUUAUGAUCAGAAUAAAGGGAGAAGGGUAUUAUGGGGUUGGAUUGGCGAGUCUGAUAGUGAAGUUGCUGAUGUUAAGAAAGGAUGGGCAUCUCUUCAGGGCAUUCCAAGGACAGUCUCGUUGGACACAAAGACUGGCAGCAAUCUGCUUCAAUGGCCAGUGGAAGAGGUAGAGAGUUUGAGACUAAGAAGCAAUGAAUUUGACAAGGUGGAAGUCAAGCCAGGGUCAGUUGUGCCCCUUAAUCUUGAUGCAGCCACACAGCUAGAUAUUAUCGCGGAGUUUGAGUUAGACAAGAAGGUAUUGGAGAACGCGGCUGAAUCCAACGAGGAGUUCAACUGCAAGACCAGUAAAGGAGCUGCUCACCGCAAUGCGUUAGGACCAUUCGGCCUUCUGGUUCUUGCUGAUGACAGCCUUGCCGAGCAGACCCCUGUAUACUUCUACGUUACAAAAGGAAGAAAUGGCACCCUCAAAACUUUCUUCUGCACAGACCAAUCAAGAUCUUCUGCAGCAAAUGAUGUUAACAAACAAACUUAUGGUAACUUCGUUCCAGUCCUGGAAGGUGAAAAUUUCACUCUAAGGAUAUUGGUGGAUCAUUCAAUAAUUGAAAGCUUUGCCCAAGGGGGAAGAACGACAAUCACCUCCAGGGUUUAUCCAACAAGGGCAAUCUAUGGAAGGGCCAAGCUCUUUUUGUUCAACAAUGCCAUUAAAGCCAAUGUGACUGCUUCACUCAAGAUAUGGCAAAUGAAUUCUGCAUUCAUUCGUCCCUAUCCAAAUACCCGGUAGACUGUGAAACUUAUCCUUCCAAGUCUACCUCAUUUGUUGCAACUUGUACAAUAAUUUUUUUUUCCUUUGGCAUUAUUUAGUUUCCCUGGUUACUUUAUUUUCCUUUGUUCAUUUUUUCAUUAGAUGGAAAGGUUAAAGAGAUAGGUUUGCUAGAAUAUGCAAGCGUGUUUGCUCAUGCAAUGCAUAAGUAGUGAUCAUAAAUAGCGAUUGAUUCUGAAAUUUUAUCUUCA